GAGGUGUCCUUGCCCGAGUUCAACGGCUUGCUGCAGAAGGCUGAGGGCCGCGACAAGUUGGCGCGGAUCUUCCAGUAUUCCGCCCGCUUGUUGGUGGGUACCGCCGCCUACCUGCAGCCCACAGCGGGCACGUUGCUAGCUCGAGUGGAGGGCCAUGCCAGAACGGUGAUGGUUCAGCUCGCCGGGGCCCGGCGCACGCAUCGCUGGUGCAAGGAGCCGGUAUGGGCUCUGGGGCCUUUUCGUGGCUGGGUGUGA